CCCCCAGCCAAGGGGUAUGAUGGCGCUGAGCGAGGCGGUGGCGUGCGGGAGCUAUCUGCUCUGGCCGCGGGUGUUGCUCUUCGGAGACUCUAUCACCCAGUUUUCUUUCCAGCAGGGUGGAUGGGGAGCAUCACUGGCCGACAAGCUGGUCAGAAAAUGUGAUGUUCUAAAUCGUGGAUUUUCAGGUUACAAUACCAGAUGGGCCAAAAUUAUCCUUCCAAGAUUAAUCCAGAAAGGGAACAGUUUGGACAACCCAGUAGCAGUUACAAUUUUCUUUGGUGCCAAUGACAGUGCACUAAAAGAUGAGAAUCCCAAGCAGCACAUCCCCCUGGAGGAGUACACCGCGAAUUUAAAGAGCAUGGUGCAGUACCUGAAGUCUGUGGACAUCCCUGAGGACAGGGUCAUUCUCAUCACCCCACCCCCUCUCUGUGAGGCGGCGUGGGAGAAGGAGUGCCUCGUGCAAGGUUGCAAAUUAAAUCGCCUGAACUUGGUUGUUGGCGAAUAUGCCAGUGCCUGUUUACGAGUAGCCCAAGACUGUGGGACUGAUGUGCUUGACCUGUGGAGCCUGAUGCAGAAGGACAGUCAGGACUUUCCAUCCUAUUUGUCAGAUGGACUCCAUUUAUCACCAAAGGGAAAUGAGUUUGUGUUUUCCCAUCUUUGGCCUUUGAUUGAGAAGAAAGUCUCUUCCCUGCCUUUGCUGCUCCCUUACUGGCGAGAUGUGGCAGAAGCAAAGCCAGAACUAAGUCUUCUGGGAGACGGGGAUCACUAGUCAGUCACUGAAAACCAAGUCUGGCUGUUAACUUACAGAACAAGAAGUCGCCGGUGCACAAAGAGCCCAAGAUAAGCCAUCAAUCAAAGAAUAUUUUUUGUCUCAAGCAUAAACCUUGCCUCAUGACCCUGGAAUAAGAAAUUGCUAACACUUGCCACCGAGGUUAAUAAAGCAUUAGAAUUCUUCAGGGAAGCUUUGUACCUGGGUGCACUGUACUUUGAUAAUAAAGAUUGAUUGAUUGA